UCACCAAUACGAGGCGUCCAACUUUUUUCAUGGCCAUGCAAACUAACAUGAGUUGGCAACACUCAAAUGUGUCACUUUUGUGAAGCCACAUGCUUUAUGUCCUGUUGAAGUGUGUUUCCCCUCCCAGUUUCCGAAGAAUUGGCUCUUUUGACGAAGACGUGUCGCGUUCAAGCCACAGUGACUUUUCGUAAGUUUUCAGAAUUUCAACUGUCCCAGAGAGAAGACCCAUCUCCCCUGCAGUCCCAGAGAGAAGACCCAUCUCCCCUGCAGUCCCAGAGAGAAGACCCAUCUCCCCUGCAGUCCCAGAGAGAAGACCCAUCUCCCCUGCAGUCCCAGAGAGAAGACCCAUCUCCCCUGCAGUCCCAGAGAGAAGACCCAUCUCCCCUGCAGUCCCAGAGAGAAGACCCAUCUCCCCUGCAGUCCCAGAGAGAAGACCCAUCUCCCCUGCAGUCCUGACGGUAUCCCAGAGUUCCACCAGCUGUUACUAUAGUAACCACCAGUCAUGGGGAAGCAGAACAGUAAACUCCGCCCAGAGGUGAUGCAGGAUCUGCUGGAGAGCACGGACUUCACAGAGCAUGAGAUCCAGGAGUGGUAUAAGGGCUUCCUGAGGGACUGCCCCAGCGGGAACCUCUCCAUGGAGGAGUUUAAGAAGAUCUACGGUAACUUCUUCCCUUACGGAGACGCCUCCAAGUUCGCAGAGCACGUCUUCCGCACCUUCGACGCCAACGGGGACGGGACCAUAGACUUCCGGGAGUUCAUCAUCGCUCUGAGCGUCACGUCGCGGGGCAAGCUGGAGCAGAAAUUGAAGUGGGCCUUCAGCAUGUACGACCUGGACGGGAACGGAUACAUCAGCAAGUCUGAGAUGCUGGAGAUCGUACAGGCAAUCUAUAAGAUGGUGUCGUCUGUGAUGAAGAUGCCAGAGGACGAGUCUACUCCAGAGAAGAGGACAGAGAAGAUCUUCAGACAGAUGGACACCAACAGAGACGGUAAACUGUCUCUGGAAGAGUUCAUUAAAGGGGCUAAAAGUGACCCCUCCAUCGUGCGUCUGUUACAGUGUGACCCCAGCAGCGCUGGGCAGUUCUAAACCGCCCUGCCUUGGGGGUCAAGACAAUUGUUUAUUUGGGCGAAUCCAAAUAGCCCCCCCCCCCCCCCCCCCCCCCCCUCCACCUUUGGAGCAAACUGAUGAAGAAGACAAGCCUUCAAAUGAUGACACUGAAGACAACGGGCCAAUGAGAGCCAGCCAUGUCCUCCAGACUCCUCCUCCUCUAACCACUCCCAGCAGCAACCUGACAACAUCUCCAGGCUCUCAUGAUCCCAGUCAUGAUGUGAUCCAGUCCACUCGCCGUGUAUUCGAUAAGUCCUAGGGUUUACUCCCAAAUCACACCCUGUUCCCUGUAUAGCAGUACCUUAAGCCCGGUAGGCCCUGGUCUGCAGUAGUACACUACGUAGGGAAUAGGGCCCCGGACUCUCUGUUUGGUUCUCAACGCUCCGUACUGGACACACCCACUGCCCUCAACUAGGUCCUCCUAGCUCUUGUGUGUAUCGUAAACAGUUAGAGAGGGAAUGAGAGAGAGAGGGAAUGAGAGAGAGAGAGAGAGAGGGAAUGAGAGAGAGAGAGAGGGAAUGAGAGAGAGAGAGAGAGAGAGAGGGAAUGAGA